GAAGAAUUUUAUAAAAAAUUCACAAACUUUCAACAAGUUUUAGUGGAGCCCAACUACACACAAUACUCCAAGAUACCACGCAUAUAUUAAUAUUCGCAUUUUACAAAAAAUUACCCCCUUCUCUUUGCGAAAUUACCAAAGUGCUCUCAAAAGUAUUUGGUUUUAGAUAAUUUUUCUAGGUCCAGAUGCGAAUGUUUGAGUUUUACUUUUACAAAAGUUUGUCAACAUCUUUUCUUUUUGUUUAUAGACUGCUGCUGAAUGGUUCAGAGGGAUGAAGAUCUCGAAUACUGAAGAAGGCUACAAGACAACACCUCAUUAAAUCAACAUGUUUGCGAAAUUACCAACUCCUCUCAAAAGUAUUAGUGAAGGCGGCUAGGAUCCUCCAGACCUCUGCAAGUACUGAGUCAGAUAUCCUCUGAGCUCGUUACCAAGCGGCUCGGCCUGCUUGCAGUACCGGUCUGCAUAACCGGAGUCGUGAUGGCCCGAUAAAGGAACAUCGUCUUGCAGAUAAUCACCACAGUCGAUAAUGAUGUUGUGCAAUAAACAGCAGACCAGUAUUAUGCUAGGCAGUUUCCUCCUGUCUGGUCUCCACAUGACCUUGCUCAGAAUCCUCCAGCUUCCUUUCAGCUGUGCAAAGGCCGUAGCUGCGACUGACCUCACCUUCUCAUGCCUGUCGUUGAAAGCCAUCAUGGCAUCAGAGGGGUCAUCGCUGUCGUGGGGAGUUAUGAGCCACGGAAGGAGCGGGUAACCGAACCCUCCAACUACAUAUUCUCUAAUCUCGGCUCCUUCAUACAGAGUUUUGGGGUUCCCGUCUAAAACCUGAGCUGUCUCACAGAGUUUGAAGAAGCCAGAGAACUUGAGCAGCUUGGAGACGGUCAUGCCGCCAGGCCAGCCGGUAACCAUGUUGAGGAAUCUCAUUUCGUGAUCAAAGACACCUUGCAAGAACAUGCUGUACUUCUUCUCCUGGUCGCACCAGUCAUCUGAUGCUUGCACAGCCGGUAGCGUCAUGAUGAUGUGCGUCGAAUCUAUGGCUCCGCAGCAGUUUGGGAGACCGUACGUUCCCUCAAACUUUGACUUGAUCUCUUCUAUUCUGUCAGGAUCUGGCCAUCUCAGGUGGUGCUUGGCGCGUUCCUCAAGCGCCUCGAUGAAUCUCCAUGUAACCUGAGAAACUGUGGACUGCCCAACACCAAAGGCUGCUCCCACGGAGACCUGAGAUUCACCAGAGGCCAGCCUUCUCAGAGCAAUGGCUACUUGUUUCUCUACACUAAGAAGCCUUCCCUCGAUGUUGAUGAGCCCCGAGGGAGGUCUAGAGAUGAGAUCCUCCCUCACCAGCGAACAUAUAUAGCUAAAUGUCGUCUUUGAAGCCCUAAAGAAGUACUUGAACGCAUCCUCCUCCUCUACGGGGAUUGAAACACCUGAGAGAGAAGAGUUUCGCUGCCAGAAAGUAUCCCACCAGUCGCAGUCGAUAGCCUCUGGAUCCAACGGAGCUACGUUGAUUCUCUUGUCUUUCUUCGACUUCUUCGCCUUUUUCUCAGGCUUCCUCUUCACCGGAGCCAUCAACGCCGGAGAGAUAUACGGUUCACUAGAGGAUUGGCUGACUAAUAGUAAUAAUCGAGGUGGAGAAGGGUAAAAAGGGAAUUAAACAUGCUGAUUGCUGGACCACGCGGCGUCGUUUUAGUCGCGCACACAAAUCGGCCCACGGAAUAUCAAGUGAACGCAACGCGCGGAAUAGAUACCUCCCUGUCGGGCCCACUGGGCUCAGCUCGAUUCGUGUACAUCUCCAACAUUUUUGUCUUUUGAACAAUUAAAUAUAAAUUAACUUUAAAGAUCAUUUAUUAAGAGAAAUAACUUCUUUUGGUAAUGUGUAUUUGCUGAUUUGCUUUUUAGCGCUACAAUUUUCCAGUUAGAACAAAUAAAAUGGUUUGUACUUUGAGCAAAUGAUUUUUACUGGAAAAACUGAAAAAGCAAAGUUUUGUUUUUUUCCUUCUUUAUGUAAACUCGAAAUUCAACAAAUUCCAAGGAAAACAUAAUUUGAAAUUUAAAAAAGGUAGAGGAAACUGUUGUUUUGCCGCUCUCCGACGAAUCGUCAGUUUCAUCUUCUUCAUCUUCGCUUUCUCUUUCUCUCUCACACACAACUUUGGGGAUUAGAAAAAUAUUUCUUUUGAUAAAGUUUUUGCAAUUGGGGUGAUUAGUAAUAUUGCGAAUCGAUUCUCUGCUCAUCUACCACGGUGUCGGUGAGGAUAGAAGAUUCAUUUUCGAUGGAGCGGUAUGAAGUUUUGGAGCAGAUUGGGAAAGGCUCCUUUGGCUCUGCGCUUCUUGUCAGACACAAACAAGAACGGAAGAAAUACGUAUUGAAAAAGAUUCGUCUCGCUCGCCAGUCUGAUAGGGCUCGCCGUUCAGCUCAUCAGGAGAUGGAGCUCAUUUCUACUGUCCGCAAUCCGUUUGUUGUGGAGUACAAAGAUUCGUGGGUUGAAAAGGGUUGCUAUGUCUGCAUCGUUAUUGGAUACUGUGAAGGUGGAGACAUGACAGAAACCAUCAAAAGAGCAUCUGGUGUUCAUUUUCCUGAAGAGAAACUAUGCCAAUGGCUUGUUCAACUCCUAAUGGCACUCGAUUAUCUGCACUCCAACCAUAUUCUCCACCGCGAUGUCAAGUGUUCUAAUAUAUUCUUGACAAAAGAGCAAAACAUACGGCUUGGUGACUUUGGCCUCGCCAAGAUUCUCACUUCUGAUGACCUUACAUCCUCUGUUGUUGGAACUCCAAGUUACAUGUGCCCUGAGCUUCUUGCUGACAUACCUUACGGAUCAAAGUCAGACAUUUGGUCUUUGGGAUGCUGUAUGUAUGAGAUGGCUGCUCAUAAACCUCCUUUCAAAGCUACUGACGUGCAGACACUGAUCACCAAAAUACACAAACUGAUAAUGGAUCCCAUCCCUGCCAUGUAUUCCGGUUCAUUCCGAGGCCUCAUCAAAAGUAUGCUGAGGAAAAAUCCUGAACUCAGGCCAAGCGCUAGUGAGCUGCUUAACCACCCUCAUCUUCAGCCUUACAUUAGCAUGGUUUAUCUGAAGCUAGAGAGUCCCAGACGAAGCAGUUUUACACUCCAAUGGUCUGAGAAGGGUUCUACAGUAAAGGAAAGAAGGCGUUCGUUUAGCAACGACAGGAGGUUGAAUCCGAGUGCCUCUGAUACAGAAGCAGGCUCUGUGUCUUCUUCAGGCAAAGCAUCCCAUUCACCAAUGUUUAAUAAUGCCAGAAAAGACUCAGAAGUAACUGUUGGAGUCGUCAGUGAAGAGAUUGUCGUUGCUCAAAGGCAGGAGAGGGUCAAGAAGCAACCAGGUGCAGCUAGAACAGCGGGAGUAGCCGGGACCUCAGCAAAAGCAUCUGUCAUUUCAAAGAGACUUGAAACGCCGUCAAGCACGCCGCGUACUGUUUCCAAGCAUGAACUGAUGAAUCGGAGGAGAGCAUCUCUGCCGUUGGUCGUCGAAAACCCUUACACUUGCGAGUCGGAGGGCCUAAACUCACCGGACGUUUCUGUAAACGCUCCGAGAUUCGACAAGAUCGCUGAAUUCCCUGACCAUCUCUUCAAGAACAGAGAUACAGGCGCAAGAGCAGUAGCUAGGCGCUCUUCUCCUCCUCCUAAUCACGAGGACGAUUCGAACCGUUCAAUGACAAAGGAUAAGUGUACAAGAGUAGAGACAAGGCCAGGUCCGGAGAGAAGGUUCGACACAUCGUCGUAUCAGCAGCGAGCGGAGGCUCUGGAGGGGCUGCUGGAGUUCAGUGCAAAGCUUUUGCAGCAGGAAAGGUACGAUGAGCUCGGGGUUCUGCUUAAACCCUUUGGACCCGAGAGGGUGUCUCCGAGGGAGACGGCCAUCUGGCUGACCAAGAGCUUCAAAGAAGCUUCCGUCUAGAUCAAGCAACCCCCAAACCCUUUCUUGUAUUUAUUUGUAUGUACUAUGUAGACAAUAAAACGGCGAUGCAUUCGAUUCUUAAGGCUUAAAACGGCAUGUGGUCAAAGCUGGCGUUUUGGGCCCUGUUGUGUUGGGCCACCUAAUUGUGAACGUUUUUAAAAUAUGGAGGAAAAUUUGUACAGAUUGAGAGAAAGAUAGGGGCGUUAUCGUAACUGUGCGUGUUUGGAUUUACGAGAGAGAAUAUAGGAGUCCAGUGAUGGUGAUGGGAGCUAUGAACGGAGGAGACAAGGUGGAAGCAGAGAUUCUCGAACCCUAUCAACUGUCCUUGUCGGAUCUUCUUUUGUCCUCGAGAGACCGAAAACGAUGUCACCGGAUCUCGAGAGAUGUGAUGGAAGCCCUAGGCCCAAACGGCCCAGGCAUUCUCUCUGUCACCGGCGUUCUAGGCUCCGCCCUUCUCCGCCGCAAACUCCUUCCAAUGGCUCGGAAGCUGGCUCUGCUUGAUCCCGAGAAGCGGAAUCGCAUUCUUAAGGAGCACCACUUGGGAAGCGACGUUUCUCUCAAGAAUCCAGAACGACAUGUCUCGUCUUUUGCAAUGCAGCUCAGCUAUGACCCCACUUGUCAAUCUGGUUCUAACCUGGAGUUGCGGGAGGAUGAUGAUGAUGGUGAUUUCAAACAUCUUGGUGUUGCGUUUAAGGAGCUAGGUUUUUGCAUGAGGGAUUUGGGUUUGUUUAUAGCCCGAGUUUGCGACAGGGAGAUCGGAGGAGGGUUACUCGAGGAGAGUUUGCUGGAGUCUUGCGCCGCCAAAGCACGCCUCGUUCAUUACCACUCCGCUGCAGAUAAUCUUGCUCUCCUUGAAGCCCAGAGGAGGAAGCAAUCUGGUCAACGAGCCCACAUUAAGCUUAGGCAUGGGGCUGCUUUGAGUGGGAAUCUGUGGCAACAGUGGCACUAUGACUAUGGGAUCUUUACCAUUCUCACUGAUCCUAUGUUUUUAUCCUCGUAUUCCCGCCCUUUUAUGAGCACCCACUCUUACCUGCGCAUCUAUCAUCCUUCCAAGAACAAGUUCUACAUGGUCAAGACUCCACAGGACAGUUUCUUAGUUCAAAUUGGAGAAUCUGCUGAUGUUUUGUCUCAGGGGAAGCUACGGUCGACCCUCCACUGCGUUUGCAGGCCAGAGAAGCUGGACCACAUUAGCCGCGAGACAUUUGCGGUCUUCCUACAGCCAAAUUGGAGCCAAACUUUCUCGGUCUCAGAAUAUACAAUGGAACAGCUAAGGUCAGAUUGUCUACAGAGACAGCUCCCUGAUACAGACGAGGUCUCUCAAACAGACAUACAGAAGAUUGUUCCACCUCUGUCGUCAAGGCUAAGGGAUGGGAUGACAUUUGCCGAGUUUUCUCGGGAAACAACAAAGCAGUACUACGGAGGGAGCGGCUUGCAGUCUAAUAGCUAGAUAAUCUUUAGCUACUCAAUUUGUUCAUUGUGAGUUGAAGCCAAGAAGAAUGAGCCAAGAAGCGCUGUUUCUGAGAGAGAUUAAAGGGAGAGCUGGGGACACUUCGAUGUUGGAGCCAAAACAGUGAAAGCUGUUAACUCGUUAUCACAGUCAAAAGCUCUCUUUUUUCUUUUGGGGCUCUUCUUUAGUCCAGUCUCUCUCUCUCAGUCUGUUUAUGUUCCUGUUGUGUCUCCCCGGAUGCUGUUCCAAUCUUACAUCUCCCUGCUUGUUUUCAAGCGUCGCAUUAAGACAAAGUGGUGUUAAUAAAGUAAAAGCUGUGCCUCUACUCAGAUUCCUUUAGGGAAUCAAUCUUCUUCUUUUUUUUUCUUUAAACAUUUUGCUGUACGUGUAGAUCAAAUGGACGAAAGGGUUUUGCUCGCAAGUCUUUUCUUUUGUGAAUUCAAAAUUCUUCUCCCUUUAAAGAUGCUUGCUUUGACUUGGAGGUGCUUUUGCAUCGAAAGGUGCAUUUGGGUUUCAAAACCCACAGAAACGGA